AUGUCGCUCGGGGAUGUAGACCUCCCAGCAAGAACCUCCGCUCCGCCCCUCUCGCUUAUUGAACUCUCCACCCGAAUCCCCAUCACCGCUCUCAAUCACUUCCACCCCUACGUCUUCUCCGCCGAAGGUCCGUUUCUCAAAGUCUACCACCGCCCCUCAUCCACCCUCUACACCAAAGGAAAAGUAUUCGCGACCCAGUCGAUCCAUGACAUCCUCGUUCGGGAUGUUGGAGAUACGCGAUGUCUGCUGGUGGUUCGUGGGGGAAGAUGUGUAAAAGCUGUGGUUUUUGAAUUUACGGAAGCGGAAAAUGGGGGGUGCAAAUUGCAUCUUGGGAAACUUCAUAUUCUGGACGACUGGGUUCUGUCCGCGCAAUUGCGGCCUCAAGAGCAUGGAUCGCCUACUGGAGUCAUUAAUGGCAAUCAUGUCAAGUCAUUGGUGAGCGUGAUCGGUGCGGCCGUCUCAGCGCAUAAUGGAGUCACGCUUUUCGAAGUUGCAGUCUACGAAGACACAAAGAAUCAAAAGAAUCAAACGCAGCUCCACAUCAAGAGUCAUGUCCAAGAGCUAAAGCCUAAUUCACGAACGCUGCUCUUCUCAGCUUGCAUCAAAUGGACCACCCCCUCCGACCUCCUCAUCGCCUCCGGAUCCUGUUACGGUGAGAUCUGUGUCUGGUCCUGCCGCACCACCGCAUCGCAGAACGCCUUCCCGAUCCUCCACAUCCUCCCGGGCCACGAGGGCUCCAUCUUCGACCUCGACAUCUCCGACGCCAUCGCCGCGCCCAAUCUGCGCGCGCCGAGGCGGCUACUCGCGAGUUGCAGCGACGAUCGCACGAUUCGGGUGUGGGAUGUCUCCGACGCGGACGGUCGGACUCGGGACUUGUCGAUUCAGGACGCGGAGCUGCAUCUGGGAUCACAGUAUAGCGGGUUCGGGUUCCAGGAUAGCUUGGAGCAGGACAUCUCCAGCACGCGACCACUAGCGUCCGUGUGGGCGCAUCAGUCGCGCAUCUGGGACGUUCGGUUUUCGAACCUCCUUUCCGCCGACAAGAGUUUGCCGGCCGUAUUGUCGGCAGGAGAGGACGCAUCGUUACAGGUGAGGGAUCUGCAGUGGUGUGAAGGGGGACUGCAGGUCACGCAUCGGUCGACGUUCGUGGGGCAUGCCGGGAAGCAUGCGUGGGCGGUGUGCGUUGCGAGGAAUCUGGAUGGGUCCGUGGACGUUUUUAGUGGUGGCGCAGAUGGUCGCAUUCUCUGCCAUGCGGCGGAUGGGCACGGCGACGGUCGUGUGAUUGAACAAGAAGACUGGACUGCGGCAGACUUCUUGGACGUGCAGAGUUUAGGUUGCACGCCAUUUCGCCUGGACAGCGAUGAGAUGGAAGGGACCGAGAGCACGAUGGACGCGAUGGUCGUCCUGAAGAACGAUUUCGCUCGGUCAUUCUGCUUCGUGGCUGACGACACGAUUCUCGUGUCCAUGAAUUCUGGCAACUUGCUACGAAUAGAUCGAAACAGCGGCGAUGCUGGGUGCGUGAGCAAAUGGCACAUAGAGGGCAUCGGAUCUAUUGGAUCAUUAUCGGGCUUGGCUAUGAUGGCCAGCAUUCCUGAAUUGGGGGUCGCGUUCCUCGUAGGCAAGCAACCGAUCGGAUAUCUAAUCGAACCAACACGACAAUCACUCACUCCCAUCACACUUGAUCCGCGGCGUGUGACUGGUUUGCUGUUCGGACAAGUCGCAUCAUCGUCGCGAACGCCGGUGUUGAUGGCUUGCUUGAACUACCAUGCUGGAGAUCCGCAGCUGUACAUGAUGAAGAUGGCGGACGGUGAGCUUGCCUCUAGCUAUGUCCUCAUGUCCAUGACGCUUUUCUCGGCGAGCGGGUUGCCUCUCGUUCCGACUAGCUUGGCGGGAGUAUAUGAUUCAACUGGGAUCAAUGCGAUUGCGGUGGUUGGGUCGCGGCACGGACAUAUCUGUUUCUAUACUAGAAGUCUGAACGGACACCUUGCUGCAGGUUCUCACGGAGGCGACUCAGUGGAGCCGAGUAUGUUCAUCAAACAUGCGCAUGGAGAAGAAGCUGUCACAGCCAUCAAGAUCCUCGAUACCCCUAGCUCCGGGGUCUGGCUUGCGUCGACUGGCCGAGACGGCUUCCUCAAAAUCCACCAUGUCGACCUCGCCCGAUCUCGCGCCGAUUUAAUCCACGAACUGCGACCUCCCUUCGGCCUCGACAUAGAAGGAAUGACCUUCGACAAGACCCAAGGCACCCUGAUCAUCUACGGCUUCCAACAGCGGCAGUUCGUCGCCUACGACGCGAUCACGGAAACUCGGCUGCUCAGCAUCGAUUGCGGCGGCGCGCACCGCUCGUGGUGCUUCCAUCUCGUCCCUAACGAUGGCGGGAUGCCAGCGUGUACGUUGGUGUGGACGCAGGCGCGGAAACUUCGACUGCAUCGGCAGGAAAGGCCGGUUGCGAAGACGGUCAAGGUGGGGUUACAUGGGCGGGAGAUCAAGGCUUGUGAUGUCACGCGACGGCGGAUGGCAGAGUCGGAGGAUGAGGUGGCGUUGAUAGCCACAGGUGCGGAGGAUACAGACAUUCGGAUUAUCAAGUAUCAAUCGGCGGAUCGAGAGACGAAGGCGGCCGGGGAGCCAGAACUGGUCCAGGUAGCGACGAUCCGGCAGCAUACGACGGGGAUUCAACACCUGCAGUGGUCUGAAACGGGUGAUCGACUGUUCAGCAGCGGGGGGUUCGAGGAGUUCUAUGUGUGGAGGGUUCAAGCAGUGCCGAUAUUGGGACUGGGGGUCACGCGCGAGUCGACGUAUCCGAUCUCGCGCCCGGAGACGGACUUGCGGAUCACUUGCUUCCAGGCGGUCGGGGAAGGUGGCUCGACGAGCGAGUCGGGAGGACCCGAGCGCUCGUAUAAGAUCGCGAUGGCGUUCUCGAAUUCGAAACUCAAGCUCUGGCGAUACGAAACCGGCCCCGACAAACCAACAUGGACACACCUCAUGACUUUCACAUACACCACUAACUGCCUCACCCAGUGCGCCAUGCUGAACUUCGCCGCAACCAACUACGCCGUCAUCGGGAGCACAAACGGAUUCCUUGCAUUCGUGAAGCACAAUGAAGAUCAACCCCCGUCGUCAGGCGUCAAGAUCGGCCCGUUCUCCCGCCUCCUCGUCCACCAAACGGCUGCCCAUCAGAACGCCGUGAUGACCUCCUCUAUCGUCCACCUCAAAGACCGCGCUCUCAUCCUCUCCGGCGGGGACGAUGACGCCAUAUCCGUCGUGCUCGCCGAACAGACUCCCGAAAAGCUGAUUGUUUCUUCGGUGGUUGUCCAAAGUGCCCAUACCGCUGCAGUGACCGGCUCAGCGAUCAUCAGUGCUGCAGCUAGAGGGGAUGUUUGGAGGAUUCUUGCCGUCACGGCGGGUAAUGACCAGAAAAUCCGCCUUCAACAGUCUGGGGAGCAGACCGUGUGCCGUCGCUGA